ACUGCGUCCGCGGCUCCCUGGAGAGGCUCUCUCGGUUCCACCCACUGGCUGGAAGGAGGGGAAGUGAAUGAGAGGGGGCAAGGCCAGCCCGAACACACCAUGUCACUCUGGGAACCAGACAGCAGCAACUAAGCCUGCACGGGUUUCUUUUUCUUUUCUUUAUUUUUUUUCUUUUUUUUUUGCCCCCCCCCCCAGUUUUUUUUCCUUUCUUUUCUUUUUCCUUUUUGCCCAUUGUUUCUUUUAUCCUUUUAUUACAAUUUCUUUUUCCAAGGUGGGAAAGAGACACGAGACACCGAAGCUGUACUGCAAGGGUUCCGAGUUGUGCUAAAGGAUUUUUUUUUCUUUUUUUUUCCCUCCUCCUUCGCCUUUACAAGCGCCUGCGAUUGACACCACUAGAGACAAGCUGGUUAGAGAACAAACUGCUUCCUCCGGACUGGACCGGGCAGCCGGGAAGAAAGCAGGCAGCUAAGAACUGGGGAAGCUGUCUGGGGGUUUCUCUGCGAACCUCAGCCCCCAUCUGGUUUUUCUUCUUUUUCUCUUUUCUUUUGGUUCUUUUGUUUUGCUUUGCCUUGGUUUUCCAGUUGUUUUAAAUUCCUUACGGUGUUGGAAUUAGUGAGCGGCGGAGUCUUGGAAGCCUCAUCAGUCACCCAGACUGCCGGGAACAGUGGAUUAAGAGGAAGAAGCUCGCCUGGGGCAUCAUAUACCCUGUUAUUCAGUUUCCUGCCUCGGAGAUAAAGAUCCCAGCUACAUGGGCAAACGCCUGGAUCAGCCACAAAUGUACCCCCAGUACACGUACUACUGUCCCCAGUACCUCCAAACCAAGCAGUCCUAUGCACCAGCUCCCCACCCCAUGGCUCCUCCCAGCCCCAGCACAAACAGCAACAGCAGCGGAGAACAGUUGAGUAAAACGAACCUGUACAUUCGAGGUCUUCCACCAGGCACCACGGACCAGGACCUCAUCAAGCUAUGUCAACCGUAUGGAAAAAUUGUAUCCACGAAGGCAAUUCUUGACAAGAAUACGAAUCAAUGCAAAGGUUAUGGUUUUGUAGAUUUUGAUAGUCCUGCAGCCGCACAGAAAGCAGUAGCAUCCUUGAAGGCAAAUGGUGUGCAAGCACAGAUGGCCAAGCAACAAGAACAAGACCCUACAAAUCUAUACAUCUCAAAUCUCCCCAUCUCUAUGGAUGAGCAGGAGCUGGAGAACAUGCUAAAGCCUUUUGGACAUGUGAUAUCCACCAGAAUCCUGAGAGACGCUAACGGAGUCAGCAGGGGCGUUGGCUUUGCCAGAAUGGAGUCUACCGAAAAAUGUGAAGUGGUAAUUCAACAUUUUAAUGGAAAAUAUCUGAAAACACCACCAGGCAUCCCAGCGCCCAGUGAGCCUUUACUGUGCAAAUUUGCUGAUGGAGGACAGAAGAAGAGACAGAAUCAGAGCAAGUACACCCAGAACGGGAGGCCAUGGCCCAGAGAAGGAGAGGCUGGCAUGGCUUUGACCUAUGAUCCCACAGCUGCCAUACAGAAUGGAUUUUAUUCUUCACCGUACAGUCUCGCAACCAACCGCAUGAUCCCACAGACAUCCAUCACGCCAUUCAUUGCUGCCUCCCCCGUCUCCACAUACCAGGUCCAGAGCUCUUCAUGGACGCCUCAUCUGCCAUACAUUAUGCAACCAACAGGUGCUGUGAUCACACCCACCAUGGACCACCCCAUGUCAAUGCAGCCAACGAACAUUGUGGGCCCCCUGACGCAGCAGAUGAACCAUCUUUCGCUGGGGACAGCAGGAACGAUUCAAUCCCAAGACAGAAUUAUGGUACUUCACCAGCUGUUGUGUCAGUAUAUGACUGCUGCUCCUAUGCAAGGGACCUACAUGCCCCAGUACACGCCUGUGCCUCCGACAGCUGUUUCUAUUGAAGGUGUUGUUGCUGAUACCUCUCCCCAGACGGUGGCCCCUUCAUCCCAGGACAGCAGUGGCCAGCAGCAACAGUUAGCAGUGGACACACCCAAUGAACACGCACCUGCAUACUCUUUCCAACAAUCCAAACCAUAGACAGGAGUGAGGCUGUCCAUCUGAACCUUUACCUUCGAUGAAGAAACUUCACCGAGCAAGAAGUUAGUUGGCCUCCAAUUUGCACAGGCGCCAAGAGAAAGCUUUCUUCCUUUAUUUUUAUUUUUUUUAAUUUUAUACUUUACUCAAAGAAAACAAAGUUUUUAUGUGCUGUGCAAAUGGUUCCUUCGUGUGGUCUGACAGUUAUUCUUGUCAUCCUUUUUUUUUUAAAGGAAAACAAAUCCCAGAAAAGGGGUGGGGGGGGAUAAACAUCAAAGUUGAUGUUUUCUGUGGAAGAACAUUUGAAUUCAGAAUUUACCUGAAGGUGUAAGUAGAUUUCUUUCUUUCUUUUUGUAGUAGAAAACCCAGUGUCAAGAGAUGGGCAACCAGAACUAUGAGAAAAUUAUUCUCCUCAGUAAUUAAGCUAUUUUUCCCUUUCUUUUUCCUUUCUUGAUUGAACCUACUGGGUUGUUGUUUUUAUAUAUAUAUAUAUUUUAUGUUUUCUUAGAAAUAUUUGGUAAGGUUUAUCUUGAAUCUUAAUUGCCUUAAUUUUAAGGACGUGAAAGGCUCGCGAGGCAUGCUGUCAACGUCUUGUUUUAAAAAAAAUCAAGAAAGAAUUGAGUUAUUGUGCCAGCUUUCACUGGCAAAGAAGAUGGAGACUGAUAUUUUAGGGUAGAAAAAAACUGUACAGUUUAAAAGAAAAUGCUUUUUCUUCAUUUGAAGAAAAUUUGUUGUUAAAAGAAACCACGGCAACUGCAAGAAUUAGAAAAUGCUGGAACUUCUCAUGAACUUUGACACAAUCACUCUAAAUGGCUAACAGACAUUUUAUGGUAAAGAUAUUCGCAUUGGUUUAAAAACAACUGCAUUAGAAAUAAUGCGUGUUUGGGGGGCAGAAUGCAAAUUUUUUUUAAUUUACAGAGUGUGGUUGCUAGCGAAAGCGUUAGUGCUUUUUAUCUGCCGUUUUUUCUAUGAGCUUUGUCAGGUUUUAGUCAGCUUUGCUUGUCCCAUUGCAAACCUAGCGUAAGAGCACUCAAAACAAAACUUAAGUAGAUAGAAGCUUAUGGUCAAAAAAGUGCAAAAAAAUAAAAAUAAAAACACACACACAAAAAAACAAAACAAAACAAACAAAAAAAGCAAUAGAUAGAGAAAUUGUUGACAAUUUCUGUAGUCUUUCUUAGUUGUGGUCAAUUGCAGCCUAUGGAUGGCCUAUUUUAUACCAAAGAGGAAGUGAGAGUCUGUUACAGUCGUGACGGUAGACACUGCUUUUUUUUCCUUAAAGUUUUGUUUGACCUACAUGGCGGGACCAGUUCUAACUUCAUUUCAACUACCUUCCACUAGUGUUUUACAUACUGCAGAAAGAAUUGUUUUUCUAGAAAUGUAUAUUUGUUGAUAGUCGAAGUUUAUACCUACUGUGCUCAGCAGUUCGAGCAUAAAAGAAUUGGGGAACCGACGGAUUGGUGGAAGCAGGUACCUUUCAGCCCUGUGAGCCUUUCCCAGCUCCUGGCUACCGCUCUCCAGCAGUAGGUGGAUGCCACUGAUACACCAGGUCCUUCGCUCAAGAGGUUGUAAUGUCUUCAUAUAAACUGCAGACUAAGGAUGCUUCCUGAACACGCUCUGAAAGACAGACAUCUGAAAGGCCACUUGUCAGAAAGACUCCGUGAAGUUCUGUGCAGUGGGGCCUGGUCCCCUGAGAAGGACUCACACAUUGGUAACUGUCGUCUUCCUUCCAAACGUCAACAUGAACAGAUAUUGUCUUCUCACUUCAUUUUGUUGCUGGCUCGUCUGGAACAGACACCUUGAUUCUCUACUUAGAAGGGGACCUUUUCCUUUCACCUCUUCCCAUUGUGUUCUCAUAUCGUGACAUCGACAGGAGAGGCGACACAGACCUAAAAUUUCGGUUUAAUUCUCUGAAAAAAGUGGGGCCAUUAAGAUCGAAGAUUCCGUUUAAUGCAGUUGAGGCAAGCUCUUCAUAUGCUAGUUGACAAUCAGUAAAAGGUAUGCUUUUUACCAACGAGAAUUGAAAGAAUUAGGGUUGAUCCAGCACUAAAACCAAAGGAGACAUUUGCACUUAGAAUAAUGCAAAACUUGGCUUAAAAUGACCUAAAUUGAUUUAGCGAGAAAUCCUAAUAGUUCUGACUCAUCAUACCUGAGAUCCACUCACAGAGUUUUGCUUGGAGAUAGAGGUAGUGGCAUGGAACUCUGUUCACGGAACCAUUCCGAAGAACUACUUCUGAAUGAAACGUUUGAAUCAAAUAGGCAGUGCUCCUUCUUCAGGGUUCGUCUGUCAGAGCACGUAGGAAAGACACAGACAGAAGCACCAGGGAGGAAAAGAGAGUAGGCUUUCAAAAACAAAACAAGUUUUAAGGCAAAUCACAGUCCCACAGCUAAGGAGACUGGCCCAAACCCAAGAUCCACUGUCUCACUAGAACCCAGCUCUCUUCUUUGCCACCCUGGGAUUGGAGGGCUCAAGUCCAGAGAGUGACUUCGUAUGUUGGCCACCAAACCAAUCACAGAACCGUAUCCAAGGAUAUGGCUCCGCACUGCAGUGAAAUUUGUGCUUCAUCUUCAUCCAAAUUGUUGUCUGUGCUCUGGAGAGCCCCUGAGCCCUCUGCAUCGUUCCACAGCACCUGUUGGAAGGGUGGACUUGAAUUUUGUCUUUGGGAAACAAACCUUCAAGUUCCUGGGCUUUCAGAAAACUCACGUGAGACUCAGUUUCUCUUUCUCGUUCACCCUUUCUCCGUUCUCUUUGUUUGAGUAAGGGUCAUCCUGGGCAUCGUUCAUUUGAGUAUGAAACCAACAUACUUUCUUGUCUUUUGUCAAAGUACCAAAUACAUGUAUUCUUGUGAUACAGAGAGUCUCAUUUGCAUAUCUAAGAAUGAGGCUGUGUGGUAGCUACCAUGUGGCUGUGGAAGGUGCCUAGGUUAACUUCACGCUCGUACGUACACAUUCUGAAACAUUUCUUUCAGCUCUGAAAUUUACAUAAUCUCUCUUCUUUUAAGCCACCUCAGGCCAAAGGAAAUCACUAUGUCAUUUUAUGUGUUUGUGUGUGUCUUAUGUUUGGGCUGUUUCUAGAGUGCCCUUCCAUAAAAUCUUUUAAGAAGGAAAAGAUGUGUGUAUUUGAAUUGGCUCCCUCUUUUCCUGUCCUUUUUACCUAAGAUAUUUUUCGAUAGUCCAGUGUAGGAGGGAAAGAAAGGGCAACAGCAGAUAACAGUACAAUAUUUUAAUAAAAAUAAGACCCCGCCCUUCCCCAAACCCACAUGUGCCAUGUGUGCAGCACAAGCGUCACAAUCUCUUCCUAGUCAGCAGUGUGCAUGGCGGUUCCCCUUUGACUUAGGACUACAGUCAUUUUUUAAAUUGAAGUAAAAUUCAAAUUUUUGAUUGUCAAAAUGUCGAUAUUUUUUCCUUCCUUUAUCACAUCUUGGAUGACAAAUUAGGAAAACAACUAAAGGCGCGAUGCAAACAAGAUAAGCACCUUGUCAUCUAAAUGCUACGAGUGGGUCAGGAAAGUGGGCUUCUUUGGAUAAUGAGAAGAUAUCGGGGGAAGCAGAGUGCAUGGUGGUUGCUAACUGUGUCUCGUAAAUGACCCAGGACAAAGCCUGUAUGAACUAAUGGUAAUAUCAGCAGGUGCUGAAGAUAAAAAAAAAAAAAAUAUGUGCUUAGUUUUUGUUCUUUAAAAAAAAAACCCUUUGUUUAAUGAUUAGAAUAUCUAUGAAAAUUCACAUGUCCUUUUUUAUAUUGACUUUUAAAAUCCCCCUUAUUGAAGAGUGGGAUUUAAUUUCAACAAGACCCUUGCAUCUUCUUGGCGAGUGAGAUGUUUCAAUGGGGCAUCUACAGAGACUAUGAUGCUAAUAGGCUACAAAUACUUCUGACAAUCCAGUCUCGUUCCCAUGAAUGUGCAAACAAGUGCAGACAAGCUGAAAAUGACGAGUGCAUCUUAAGUGGGCUUCAGGGGGAAAUGCACGGUUUCAGACUAGUGAGGCAACAGAAUUGGAAGUCAUUUCUAAUGGCACUCGGCAUGGGAAGCAACCCCAUGCUAGGAUAUUGUAUAAUCAAGUCACAGAACCAUGAUCUCCUUUAUUUUGUGCACAGUGUGGAGUAAAGGGUGAGAUCUCUUUUCUUCUUUGCCAUUGGGACUGGUGUGCCAAACUUUCUUUCUUUUUUGGGGGGGGGCAUUGGCCUUAGCAGUUUCUCUUGAACCCCAGGGAUGACAGAAUUGGCAGUAUCCUUGAUUCCAUUUCCUCUUGUGAAGGAGUAGUGGGCUUUCAGUCAUGAAUCAACUCAUCUUACAGUUGUGAUGAGGCAAUAUGGGUUGAGUGUAACGUGAGAUUAACAUUUCUCACCCAUACAAAAUUGGACCCUUCAACCAAAUGCUGUCUGUUCUGGCUGUCCUUUGUGGUUACCUAGAGUUCAGGAAAGUAGAAAAGCUAAACAAUAAGCCCCAGGGUGCCCCAUGAUUGGAAAAAGCUGGGCUCAAUGCUUUUUACAGGUUGCUGUUGUCUUUGGUCUAAUACGCCGACCGGAAACAUGCAGACACAGUUGCUAUCACAGAAAGGCUUGGAGUAGCAGUAUGCAGCAUGCUAUGCUGGGCAGGGAAACAAUGUGCUGAGGGAUGCAUUUCACUGGUGAAGCCUCUGAGCUAAACAGGGACAAGGUGGAACUUGGGGAUUCGGGGAAAAUCGUGAGGCCACUGAGUCACCUGGGAGAUUUUCUUAACACUGCUACAUUUUCUGAGUUUCAAAGAGACAAACCAUCACUGUCAAUAUUCAAAGAACUGUCUGACUAAUCUGAGAGUGUGUUGUCCUUUCUUCCUGAUGGCUGGCCCUGUUAAUCUGAGCACUUCACCCCAAGGGUGGACAGAAGAAAGCACUGAAAACAGUAGCUCAUGCCAGUCUGUCUUGCUUUCCAAGUAUUGAUUUAUCAAGGAAGUUUAAAUAAUUGAUGAAAUCAAUGUCCACACAUUAUCCACGAUGAAUUUUAACCGUCCAUAAUGUCCUUCUCCUAAUUACCACACAUAAUCAAGAGUUGGCUGCAUUCUUGAAAAAAUACAAAUGGAAAAAUUAUAACAGCAAACUUGAUUCCCCUACAGGAAAACUACGUUGGUUUCUUUCUCUUUACCGAGAUGCAACACAAGGAAAGAAGAUCCACACCACUUCCAUCAGGAGAAACUAAUACUUGCUUUUGGUUAAAUGUACCAUUUUUAUCACCUUUGAACACUUCUGACCACAAAAUCAUUUUUAUUUUUGUUGUCACUGUUUGAAUCUGUGUUGCUGUGUUAAGAUUGAAAGUCAUUCAUUAUCCAGCACAUAAUUUGAUGGCCACUGUGUGUGUAAGCACAAAGUGUAACAGUGUCACACUUUGGACUUUAAAACCUCUGGUCCAACAUUGAUAAAGUUGCUGUCUCUUCCUCCCCAAAGGCGGUACGUCCUCACAUGUAAAAAGGAUUAAGAUAUUCUGUCCCUGUUAGGAACAGUAAAGUUAUUUCAAAGAUACAUUGGGUAUCUGAAAUGACUUGGUUGUCCAUUCCGGAAGCAAACAUUCCCUUUUACUUAAGAAGAUCAUUGGAAUCUUAAUUCUUAAGCUCUGGGUGAAAGUACGUCAGUUUCAAAGAAAACUAUGACCCGGCUUCUUCUUUCAAAGCCUUGUUUUAAGUCAUCUUCAACUCCAUGGACCUUCUGAAACACCAUUUCGAGAUUUUUAUUUCAGGGCAUCUUUGUAUGGCUGUCUCUGUCAUGUUUGUAAUCCUGUGGCGAUUCUGGUUUUAUCUUUAAGUUCUUUCAUGUGUAUCAUGGUCAAGUUAGACACCGUUUCCCCUGUUCCCUGGGCUCUCUGUAGAUCAGUGGAUAUUAGGUUUCAAUUUCUGUUUUCUUUGAUGAAGCUUUCAAUAAAAAAUGAAAAUAAAAUCAAGGAAGCAGGG